AUCUGUUGGCAGCGGACAGUGAAGGAAUUCGCCGCGUUGUAGUCUGUCCCAUUUUGGGACCUUCUCAGUUGGUUAACACUUCAUAGGUUCUUCUGCCUGAGGAGAGGCCAGCCCUAGGAGCAGUUUGUUGGGCAAUGGAUGCACUGUUCCUGACUUGGCAGUAAGCCAUUCUACCUUACCAGCUGUCCUGCAACUCUCUAAGAUUCGCCAGGUCACAAGCUUCUGCUCUGCAAAUGGAGGGUAACUCAAAGACCAGCCUCUUUCUAUGUGCUCAGACUUACUCAGUGACUUGGCUGGACUUUUUCAUAUGAAGCUCCCACCUCUGUUUGCUGCUGUUGGUCUGAAAACUCUGAGCUGGUGCCACUUUUGAAUAGGAUGCUGUUUGCCUGAAGACCUGAACCCAGUUUUUGGAAUUGCCCUAAGGAGGAGCUUCCUCUCUGACCUCAAGGGGAGGAGGAGGUCAUUAGGAAGUGGUGGGUGGAGCCACGUCUCUACUUCUGCUGUCUCUCCCUGCUCAUCGAAUAGCCCUUUGGCUAUCUGUCUCUAUUCACCCUGAAGUCUUUUUUGAGGAGCUGCAGAGGGUGCACAAGCCACUGUCUGGAGGUUCUUUGGAACACCCUCCUUUUGGGUGGGGUCAGCAGACACGAGAGUGCCAUGUGGCCUAGUUACCAAGAUGAGCACGAGUUCAACGCCCACCUGGUUUGCCGCAUGUGCUGUAUGGAUGAACGGGACCGUGUUCAGAAGAAGACAUUCACCAAAUGGGUCAAUAAGCACCUGAUGAAGGUCCGCAAGCACAUCAAUGAUCUUUAUGAAGAUCUGCGGGAUGGCCACAACCUAAUCUCUCUGCUGGAGGUCCUCUCAGGCAUCAAACUGGAGCCAGCAGGGCUGAAGACCCUCCGUCUCGUGAGCAUGCCCUCCUGGCGCCAUACAAACAGCGAAGAGCAGGAGGAGGAAGAUGAGGAUGAUGUACCCCGGGAGAAGGGCAGGAUGCGUUUUCAUAGGCUCCAGAAUGUGCAGAUUGCCCUGGACUUCCUAAAGCAGCGGCAGGUGAAACUAGUGAAUAUUCGCAACGAUGACAUCACGGAUGGCAACCCCAAGCUGACCCUGGGCCUGAUCUGGACCAUUAUUUUGCACUUCCAGAUCUCUGACAUCUACAUUAGUGGAGAAUCAGGGGACAUGUCAGCCAAGGAGAAGCUUCUCCUGUGGACCCAGAAGGUGACAGCUGGUUACACAGGGAUCAAAUGUACCAACUUUUCCUCCUGCUGGAGUGAUGGGAAGAUGUUCAAUGCACUUAUUCACCGAUACAGACCUGAUCUGGUAGAUAUGGAAAGGGUACAAAUCCAAAGUAACCGCGAGAAUUUGGAGCAAGCUUUCGAAGUAGCAGAAAGACUGGGAGUCACCCGCUUACUGGACGCAGAAGAUGUGGAUGUGCCAUCUCCAGAUGAAAAGUCUGUGAUCACUUACGUGUCUUCAAUUUAUGAUGCCUUCCCUAAAGUCCCUGAGGGUGGAGAAGGGAUCAGUGCUACGGAAGUAGACUCCAGGUGGCAAGAAUACCAAAGCCGAGUGGACUCCCUCAUUCCCUGGAUCAAACAGCAUACAAUACUGAUGUCAGAUAAAUCUUUUCCCCAGAACCCUGUUGAACUAAAGGCACUUUAUAACCAAUAUAUACACUUCAAAGAAACAGAAAUUCUGGCCAAGGAGAGAGAAAAAGGAAGAAUUGAGGAAUUAUAUAAAUUAUUAGAGGUGUGGAUUGAGUUUGGCCGGAUUAAACUGCCUCAAGGUUACCACCCAAAUGAUGUGGAGGAAGAAUGGGGAAAGCUCAUCAUCGAGAUGCUGGAGCGAGAGAAGUCACUUCGCCCAGCUGUGGAGAGGCUGGAAUUGCUGCUACAGAUUGCGAACAAAAUCCAGAAUGGUGCUUUGAACUGUGAAGAGAAGCUGACACUAGCUAAGAAUACACUGCAGGCUGAUGCUGCUCACCUGGAAUCAGGACAACCGGUACAGUGCGAGUCAGAUGUCAUCAUGUACAUUCAGGAAUGUGAGGGUCUCAUCAGGCAGCUGCAGGUGGACCUCCAGAUCCUACGGGAUGAGAAUUACUACCAGCUGGAAGAGCUGGCUUUUAGGGUGAUGCGUCUGCAAGACGAGCUGGUCACCCUGCGUCUAGAGUGCACAAACUUGUAUAGGAAGGGCCAUUUCACUUCACUUGAAUUGGCUCCACCCUCUACUUUAACCACUACUCAUCUGAAGGCAGAACCCUUGACCAAGGGAACUCAUUCUUCCUCUACCUCCUGGUUCCGAAAACCCAUGACUCGGGCUGAACUUGUGUCUAUCUCGUCCUCUGAGGAUGAAGGCAAUCUUCGAUUUGUGUAUGAACUACUGUCUUGGGUAGAAGAAAUGCAGAUGAAACUGGAGCGAGCAGAGUGGGGCAAUGACCUGCCUAGUGUGGAGUUGCAGCUGGAGACACAACAGCACAUCCACACCAGUGUGGAAGAACUGGGCUCAAGUGUCAAAGAGGCCAGGCUGUAUGAGGGAAAAAUGUCCCAGAAUUUCCAUACCAGUUAUGUUGAAACUCUUGGAAAGCUGGAGACACAGUAUUGUAAACUGAAGGAAACUUCCAGCUUCCGGAUGAGGCACCUUCAGAGCCUGCAUAAAUUUGUCUCCAGAGCUACAGCUGAGUUGAUCUGGUUGAAUGAGAAGGAGGAGGAGGAACUCGCAUAUGAUUGGAGUGACAACAAUCCCAAUAUCUCAGCCAAAAGAAAUUACUUCUCUGAGUUGACAAUGCAGCUGGAGGAGAAACAGGAUGUGUUUCGGUCUCUACAAGAUACAGCAGAGCUGCUGUCACUUGAGAACCACCCAGCCAAGCAGACUGUGGAGGCUUACAGCGCUGCUGUCCAGUCCCAGUUGCAGUGGAUGAAGCAGCUAUGCUUGUGUGUUGAGCAGCAUGUAAAAGAGAAUACUGCUUAUUUUCAGUUCUUCAGUGAUGCGCGGGACCUGGAGUCAUUCUUGAGGAACCUCCAAGACUCCAUCAAAAGAAAAUAUUCCUGUGACCACAAUACCAGCUUAUCUCGUCUCGAGGACCUGCUCCAGGACUCCAUGGAUGAAAAGGAGCAGCUUAUACAGUCCAAGAGUUCCGUUGCCAGUCUUGUUGGGAGAUCAAAAACCAUUGUUCAGCUAAAGCCACGCAGUCCUGACCACGUGCUAAAGAGUACCAUUUCUGUGAAGGCCAUCUGUGACUAUCGGCAGAUAGAGAUCACCAUUUGCAAGAAUGAUGAGUGUGUGUUGGAAGAUAAUUCGCAGAGGACCAAAUGGAAAGUGAUCAGCCCCACAGGGAAUGAGGCGAUGGUGCCAUCGGUCUGUUUCCUUAUCCCCUCACCCAAUAAGGAUGCCAUGGAGAUGGCCAGCAGGGUCGAACAGUCUUACCAGAAAGUGAUGGCCCUUUGGCAUCAGCUACAUGUUAACACCAAAAGCCUUAUUUCCUGGAACUAUCUGCGGAAGGACCUUGACCUUGUAAAGACCUGGAACCUGGAAAAGCUUCGAGCCUCAGCACCAGGGGAGUGCCACCAGGUUAUGAAGAACCUCCAGGCCCACUAUGAAGACUUUCUGCAGGAUAGCCGUGACUCUCUGCUCUUCUCAGUGGCUGAUCGUUUGCGCUUGGAAGAGGAGGUGGAGGCUUGUAAAACCCACUUCCAGCACCUGAUGAAGUCCAUAGAGAAUGAGGACAAAGAAGAAACUGUGGCCAAGACGUACAUUUCAGAGCUGAAGAAUAUCCGACUACGCCUGGAGGAGUGUGAACAGCGGCUGAUCAAACGAAUUCAGUCUCCAGCCAGUUCUAGGACUGACAAAGAUGCCCGGCAGGAUAGUGCAUUAAGGAUCGCGGAGCAAGAGCGUACCCAAGAGGACUUACAGCAACUGAGGUCAGACUUGGAUACUGUUUCCACGAAAUGCAACAGCUUUCUCCAUCAGUCUCCAUCUGGUUCGAGUGUCCCAACUCUGCGCUCAGAACUCAAUCUGCUGGUGGAGAAAAUGGACCAUGUGUAUGGUCUCUCCACGGUCUAUCUGAAUAAGCUAAAGACAAUCGAUGUUAUAGUGCGUAGCAUCCAGGAUGCUGAACUCUUGGUCAAAGGUUAUGAAAUCAAGCUGAGUCAAGAAGAAGCAGUACCAGCGGAUCUCUCUGCUCUGGAGUCUCAUCGGUCUACGUUACGGCACUGGCUUAGUGACGUGAAGGACAAGAAUUCAGUGUUUACAGUCCUGGAUGAGGAAAUUGCCAAGGCCAAGGCAGUGGCAGAACAACUGAGUCGUCUGACUCCAGAGCGAAGCCUGGAUUUGGAGCGCUGUCAGGAGAAAGGCUCCCAGCUGCGGGAACGUUGGCACCGGGUCAUUGUCCAGCUCGAGACCCGCCAAUCUGAGCUAGAAAGUAUUCAGGAAGUUCUGGGAGAUUACAGAGCCUGCCAUGGAACUCUCAUCAAAUGGAUUGAGGAAACCACUGCCCAGCAGGAAAUGAUGAAGCCAGGCCAGGCAGAGGAUAGCAGAGUGCUGUCGGAGCAGCUUAGCCAGCAAACGGAUCUGUUUGCAGAAAUCGAGAAGAAUCAGACAAAGCUGGACCAGUGUCAAAAAUUUUCCCAGCAAUACUCCACUAUUGUAAAGGACUAUGAAUUGCAACUGAUGACAUACAAGGCAUUUGUGGAAUCACAGCAGAAAUCCCCUGGCAAGCGCCGUCGCAUGCUUUCCUCCUCAGAUGCCAUCACGCAAGAGUUCAUGGACUUGAGGACUCGCUACACAGCUCUGGUGACCUUAACAACUCAGCAUGUAAAAUACAUCAGUGAUGCGCUCCGGCGACUAGAGGAGGAGGAGAAAGUUGUAGAAGAGGAAAAGCAGGAGCAUGUGGAGAAGGUUAAAGAACUUUUGGGCUGGGUGUCUACCCUAGCAAGGAACACACAAAGCAAAGCUACCUCAUCCCAGACCAAAGAAUCAACGGACAUUGAAAAAGCUAUUUUAGAACAGCAGGUUCUGGCAGAGGAACUGACAACCAAGAGGGAACAAGUCUCUGAGGCCAUUAAAACCUCACAGAUCUUCUUGGCCAAGCAUGGUCAUAAGCUCUCAGAAAAAGAGAAGGAACAAAUAUCUGAACAAUUAAAUGCCCUAAAUAAGGCUUACCAUGACCUUUGUGAUGGUUCAGCAAACCAGCUUCAGCAACUUCAGAGCCAGUUGGCCCAACAGACAGAACAAAAGGGCUGCAGAGCUGUUGCUGGGGUGAUUGACCUAGGCACAGUGGAGAUAUUUCCCGUCUUCAAAGCCAUGCAAAAGGGCCUCAUUGACCAAGACACAGGCCUUGUGCUCCUGGAAUCCCAGGUUAUCAUGUCUGGCCUCAUUGCCCCUGAGACCAGUGAAAAGCUCUCUCUGGAAGAGGGUCUAGCCAGAAACCUCAUUAAUCCCCAGGUGUACCAGCAGCUGUGGGAGCUACAGGAUGCCCUGUCCUUAAUAAGCAGGCUUACUGAGAGCAAAGGCCUUCCUUCCGUGGUGGAAGCAAUUGAAAAGAAAAUAAUCAGUGAGAGAAUUGGACUAAAAGUGUUGGAAGCUCACCUGGCAACUGGAGGUUUCAGUUUCCCUCCUAACGAGGGCUGCGUCAACCUAGAGGAGGCUUUUCACCAAGGCCUUAUUUCUGCAAGGCUUCACUCAGUGUUAGAGUCUUACUUGAAAUCAUCCAAGAAUUUGAUAGACCCCAACACAGCUGAGAAAAUCAGUUUGCUAGAUCUGACGCAGAGAUGUAUUGUCCACCAGGAAUCAGGGUUGAAACUGCUCCCCGUCAAACAACUGGCAGGGGGAAUGGUGAGCCUAAAAUCAGGCCGGAAGGUUAGUGUUUUUCGUGCAGUUCAGGAAGGCCUAAUAGAUAGGCAGGUCACUGUCCGGCUGCUGGAAGCUCAGCUUUUUGCUGGUGGCAUAGUAGAUCCAAGAACAGGACACAGACUUACUGUAGAAGAGGCUGUAAGACAUAAUUUGAUUGACCAAGAUAUGGCCUGUGCUAUUCUCAUAAGGCAGCUUCAGACAGGAGGCAUCAUAGACACCAUCACUGGGCAUAGGCUGACAAUAGAUGAAGCAGUGAGCAAUGAUCUAGUAGCUGCUAAGAUUGCUCUUGUGAUUCUGGAGUCCCUUUGGUCAUUCAUGGGGUUGCUGUGGCCUGAAUCUGGAGAGAUCCUCCCAAUCACAGAUGCCCUGGAACAAGGUAUUGUGUCUACUGAACUAGCUCACAAAAUUCUUAGUAGCCGACAACAUAUUAAAGCUCUGUUUCUGCCAGCAAGCACAGAGGUUUGGUCCUGGAGAAAAGCAGUAGAAGAUGGUAUGUUGGACAAAGAUCUUGUCAAUAACUUAAAAUCCGUUUGCAUACCUGAUGUGAUGCCCCACAUGCAAUUAGCAGAUUAUUCAGAACGAACCAAAUUGAACAUUAAUCCUGGAGCAGUAGGUCUACCACACAGCAGGUGCCAAACUGAGGGCGUAGUAAGCCAUGGUGAGAAGCUGUUGUUUCAGCUGAUGACUCACAGCUAUAUUAAUGUGCAGGAUGGACAGAGGCUGCUCCUGGUAGAUGACGAGCUGUUAGAGACACUGACAGCAAGAGGAGAAUAUCAAGCAGGUCCUCCAGAAGUGUUUGAAAUUGGGCAUCAGAGACUAGAAAGUCCCAAGGGAUUACAAGAAUUGGUGAAUGUCAAAACCACAGAAACGUUCUGUGAUGGACUGAGUGUGAAGCCACGUGAGCUCCAGAUUUCUUCUCAGAACAAAGACUAUCCCACUCAGGCAGUUUGCAAUGAAGCAAAAGGCAAAAGGACCACAAUGGAAACUGAAGGUUCCUCAGUAGAGAACUCUGAAAGGGACCUGUUUGUGGGGGAACAAAAAGUGAGAAAUCCAAAUGUUGAUUCUUUGAUGGUCCUAGAUAAAGUCCAGUCAGAGUUAAAAGGACAAUUGCUAGGUACCAAAAAGGAAGAACUAGCAGGAAUGUCUACCAGAGAAAAUGUUAGCAGGAGAUUUCUCCUUACAGUACCCACUGAGGAAGCUGAAGCUGUGACCUUGGCGGUAGGCAAAGAGCCUUUCUCUGUCGAGACACCGAAGGAAGAAUGGCAGAAUUCCAGAAAGGCUUCCUUUCUGUGUCAGACAGAACAAGCAAACACACUUGAAACUGAAAUUCCAGGUGAAACUGGGAGGCUACUCCUAAAACCCCAAAGCAAAAAGCCACAAUUUCAGAUAAAGAAAACUCUAGACUUAGAAUCAGAGCUAAAGUCUGAAGAUGACAUGAAUAUUCAUACUCUAGAUAAACAGAAAACCUUAAAUAAAACAUUUUUGGGUAGGGAUGACCAUAAACAUAAUCCAGAAGGACACAACAUUGCAGGCAGUAGUACGAUGACAUUAGAAAAAACAGAUGCAGAAGAUCAUGGUCAUGAAACCUCCCUGCCAUGCGGUCAUCCUUCAGAAUUGCUCCCGGAAGCUACCUUAAAUACGUUAUCUGCACAAUUACUAGAUGGUGGUAUCAUUCACGGACAAACAGGUCAGAAGCUCUUAUUAAAUGAGGCAAUAGCCCAAGGUAUUGUGCCCAGCCACACUGCCAUCAAACUAAUGGGAAAGCUGAACAUGUUUCGUGGCUUCUUUGACUCUCAGACCUGCGAGUCUUUGACUACUGAAGAAGUCAUCGAUGAAGGUCUGAUGGAUGAGAAACUAUUACAUAAUGUCCUCAGGGCGGACAAAGCUAUAAGUGGAGUCUUAGACCCCCGUAGCCACACACUGUGCUCUGUGAGGGAAGCAGUUGCAAUGGGACUUCUUGACACACAAACAGCCUUGAGAAUUUUAGAGGGGCAGGUGGUGACUGGUGGCAUUGUUGACCUGAAACGAAGCAAAAAAGUUUCAGUUACUUUGGCCUCAAAUCUUGGCUUGGUGGACAGUGCUGAUGAGACAGAGCUUAUAAAUCUGGAGAAAGCUUCCAAAGGCAGAGAUGCUGAGAAAACAGUCAGGGAGAGAUUUAUUAGCUUACAAAUGGAAACAACUGGAAUUCUAGACCCUGAGAGCAAAGCUCCUUUAACAGUCAUGCAGUCCAUUGACAGAGGACUUCUGGAGAGAGAGGAGGCUGUUCAGUUGUUGACCAAGCAGGUGGCGGAUGGAGGUAUCAUUCACCAUACAUCUGGGAUGAGACUUUCUGUUGAUAAUGCCUUUGAACAUGGCAUCAUUGAUGAAGAUUUAGCCAAGCAACUCAGAAAAGUUGAGAACUUAAGCCUCCAUCGCUUUUUUCAUCCUGAAACCAAGGAAACUAUUUCCCUUUCUGAAGCCAUAAAAUUAGAACUUGUUAACCCAGACUUGAAAAGAGAAAUCCAAGAAAUUCAGGCUUUGCCUGGAAGCUUUGUAGGUCACAUUUCUGGCCAGAGAUUGGCCUUGGCAGAAGCUGAAAAAGAAGGACUGUUAACUAAUGAAGCAAUAUUGUCUUCAGGAAUGAUGCAUGGGAUUGUAGAUCCUGAGAAUUACAGAAUUGUUCCCUAUUCAGAAUUAGUAAAGAAAUGUAAGAUUGAUAUUGAAUCUGGACAGAGAUAUCUAGAAGUAAUUCCCUUCUCAGACAUUAAAGAUGGAGCAAGUGACAAAGUGCUUACAUUGUCUCAAGCAACUCAGCUUGGAAAAGUGGACUUUGUAUCUACACUGAAGGUUUUGGAAGCUCAAGCAAAUACUGGGGGGAUCAUAGAUACUGCCACAGGAAAAAGACUGACAUUGGCAUCAGCCUUAGAACAGAAAUUAGUGGAUGAAAACAUGGUUAAAAUUAUUGCAUCUCAUCAGGUGUUAAAUGGAGGAAUUGUUGACAUAUUUAAUGAUCAGAGAGUGACUUUAAAGGAAGCUGUUGAGAAAAGAUUGAUCAGUCCUGAACUGGCAGCUAUGAUCCAGGUAGAUCCUUUAGAGUCCUGCAAUCACGGGGCUCAGAUUGAGAAGCAAGAUGAGAUUGAAGUACGUGAAAUAGAGAAGGAAUUUCUAAGAAAGGAAAUGUUAGUUGUAUGUAAUCAGACUGCUGGAAUGAGUUGUGGUAAAGGAGCAAGUGAGAAAUUAUUUCAGAUUGCAAGUCAGACUGUACAAGGAAAGGUUCAAACAAGAGUUUCUGAUGGGGGGCAGGCCAAAAAGAGCAUGGAAAUUUCAUUACAGGAAAUGGAGUGCAAGGAUCAAGAUAAAAAGAGAGUUUCUCCAGAUGCUGAAGAAUCUGUCGGUAUCAUAAGUCCUGGCGAUCAUAAAGGUACAUUGUUGGGCCAAGGUUCAGCGACACUCUCUCGCUCAGAAGCUCAUGAUUUUAAAUUCAAAGAGGUGGCUAGUAAUGAUGUGGAAAAAAACACAAAUGAAGAGCAGGAAACAGUAGGAGCCCAAAUAGAAAUUACUUCCCAUAUGAAAUGGUCUACAUCAGGUCCAGAUUCUAAAGAGAUAAGGGAAAACCAAGAAAGAAUUAUUUCAGAAGUACAGGAAUCAGAUUAUGAAACUUCAGGCAGAUUGCUGAGUGAGCAGGUUAUGCAGAAAUCAAUGAAUACCAGAGAGAAAAGUAAGAGGAAGGAGAGGGAGAUGAAUCUAGAAGAAAGUGUUGAAACACACAAACCAGUUCUUUCCAAAGAAAAGUUGAAUCAAGAAACCAUUGUUACAGCUGACCAGGGAUCCACCGUAGAGAAUCUACCUGUGGAAAUAGCCAUUAGUGAAAAAGAAGCUGGUAGAGAGCUGGAAUUUUCUAUUAUUUGUAAAGAUGAAAACUCUUCCCAAAUGAUACCCAAAGGAAUUUCUGUAAAUCAGGAUGCUUUAACAUUCUUCAAACCCAAUCAAGUUAGUGAAAGAGAAGUAAAAAAUUUAAACCUCUGCCUAACUUUAAAAGCAGAAGAAAAUUUUUCUCAAAUUACUUGUGGGGCCCAGAGUGAACCAUUCUCUUCUAUGACCCCAGGACCUAAAGGAUUACACUAUCAGGAAUUAGUUGGAAAGACCCAAGUUGCAGGCAGAUCCCAAAUUUCUGAAACAAACAAGCCUCUCCAGGGAACCAUCAGACCAGAGACCAAUGAUUACCAAGAUUCCUGUGUUACUUUUAAAACCAAAGAAACCAAAGAUCUGAUUCGCUCAUCUAAUGGAUAUAAAGAAAGAUCAUACCAAGAAGUACCUUCUGACUCAACAAGAACUCUUAAACUGGAAGAAAGUACAGUUUCUAGAGUAGACCCAAAAGAAGUCAGCUAUCUGGAAGUCUCAGACAAAAAGGACUUUUAUCAUCAAGACAGCAAAAGUGAUAAUGAAAUCUGUGGAAUUCUUGCAUCUAAAAUAGUAACAACUCAGGAAAUAACUGGAGAGAAAUUUCUAGAAAUGUCCAGCCCUACAGUUACAGAUGUAGAGGCAGCAUCUUUUGAGGGCAUAGUGACUCAGGGCAAUCCCAGAGUCUUAGUGUCCCUUCUUCCAGAGAAACUCUUCAAAGAUGUGUCUCAAAAAGAGAGGACAGGGCAACAAGAUGCCGCCAUUAGUCCAAUUAUUGCAGAGACCAGUGAAGAAAAUCCAGUGCCGCUCAUAUACCCUACAAUGAAGAUGGAUGAGAGGACCCCACAAGAAGAGCUCACAGAAAGCCCUGGCGGUGAACAGACUGCUUUCAUGACUACACCUGGGGGAAAGGGACAUGAAGGUGUAAACCCAGAGCCCUUCCGAGCAACUAAAAAUGUAUUUAACAGGCAACUCUGCCUAGAACAUGAUGAGAAGCUGGUAUCUUAUCUGUCUCUAUUACGAGACAUUGAAAUGAGGACCAAACAGAUUCAACCUCUGGACCUAAACCUGGCAGAGCUACAGGAUCUGCUGUGUCAGGCCAAGGUAUUAGACAGUGAGCUAAAGGAUCUGUCCACCUUGGUGCAUCAGCAACUAGAGCGUGUAAAUCAGAUUAUCAUCAGCCAGCCUCAAGAAGUUCCUGCUCAACUGUUGAAGGCUCUAGAGAAGGAUGCCAAGAAUCUCCAAAAGUCCCUCAGCUCUGUGAGUGACACCUGGAGUUCCAGACUAUUCCACCUCCAGAGUGCUAUGGAAGUCCAGAAGACUAAAGUGUUAAGUCAGCGUGAACAGCUAGACGGCAGACUUCAAGAUCUGAGAGACUGGGUUGGCAAUACCAAUCUUAUUCUCAACAGCAAAGAAUAUAACGAUGACACCAAUGCGGACAGCCUGAAUCACUGUCUCCAGCGGUAUGAGGAUUUGAAGCAGCCCAUGGCUGACAGGAAAUCUCAGCUGGAUGCUCUUGCUUUUGAUAUUCAGUUCUUUAUCUCGGAGCAUGCCCAGGACUUAUCCCCUCAGCAGAACCGACAGAUGCUGAGGCUUCUGAAUGAACUGCAGAGGUCCUUCCAAGACCUUGCGGAGCAGGCCACAGCUCAGAUGGAUGCCUUGCAGGGCCGUUUUCAACAAAUGGAGCAGGCAGUCCAGGUCAAGACCCUGCAGAAACAACAAAAUACCUGUUACCAGAAACUGGACGAUCUUUGCAACUGGCUAGGACAGGCAGAAAGCACAUUGGCAGGCCACCAAGGUAGAGCCACCCAGCAGGAUCUCUCCGCUUUGCAGAAGAACCAGAGUGACUUAAAGGAUUUACAGGACGAUAUUCAGAAUCGGGCCACCUCAUUUGCCAGUGUUGUCAAAGACAUCGAAGGGUUCCUGGAAGAGAACCAGGCCAAGCUGAGCCCCCACGAGUUGACAGCUCUUCGGGAGAAGCUUCAUCAGGCUAAGGAACAGUAUGAGGCUCUCCAGGAACGGACACGGGUGGCCCAGAAGGAGCUGGAAGAAGUGGUGACUUCAGCCGUACAGCAGGAGACUGAAAAGAGUAAAGCAGCAAAGGAACUGGCCGAGAACAGGAGUAAGAUUGAUGCUCUCUUGGAUUGGGUGACUGGGGUGGGAUCGACUGGCAGACAGAUGGAGCAGCUGUCAGGAGCUGGCCUGGGGAAAGGAGCCAUGGACACCACUGAUGGCCACAGGGCAGUGAACCAAGCCCUGGCAGAGCUGGACAAGCAGUGCGAGAAGAUGAAGGCCCAUCACCAAGAAUUGCUGUCUCAGCAGCAAAAUUUCAUCCUGGCCACCCAGUCUGCUCAGGCCUUCCUGGAUCAGCAUGGCCACAACCUCACCCCCGAAGAACGCCAGGUGCUAGAGGACAAGCUCGGAGAGCUAAAGGGCCAAUAUGCCUCUUCCCUGGCCCGGUCGGAGGCGGAGCUGAAGCAGGUGCAGACACUGCGGGACGAGCUGCAGAAGUUUCUGCAGGACCAUGAAGAGUUUGAGAACUGGCUGGAACGGUCUGAGAGAGAGCUGGAGAACAUGCAUCAAGGAGGCAGCUGCCCCGAAGCCCUUCCCUCCCUGCUGAAGCGGCAGGGCAGCUUCUCGGAGGAUGUCAUUUCCCACAAAGGAGACUUGCGAUUUGUGACCAUCUCCGGACAGAAAGUUUUAGACACAGAAAACAGCUUUGAGGAAGGCAGAGGGGCAUCAGCAACUGGAAUGUUAGUGAAGGGUAAACUGAAGGAUGCAACAGAAAGAUACACUGCUCUGCAUUCAAAGUGUACACGAUUGGGCUCUCACCUGAACAUGCUCCUAGGCCGGUAUCAGCAGUUCCAGAGCACUGCUGACAGCCUGCAGGCCUGGAUGCAGGCUUGUGAAGCCAACGUGGAGAAGCUCCUCUCGGAUACUGUUGCCUCUGACCCUGGGAUCCUACAACAGCAGCUUGCAACAGCAAAGCAGUUGCAGGAAGAAUUAGCUGAGCACCAAGUACCUGUAGAAAAGCUCCAAAAAGUAGCCCAUGACCUCAUGGAAAUUGAAGGAGAGCCAGCUCCAGACCGCAAGCAUGUGCAAGAAACUACAGAUUCCAUACUCAACCAUUUUCAGAGCCUCUCCAGUAACCUGGCUGAGCGCUCUGCUCUGCUGCAGAAGGCAAUUGCCCAAUCUCAGAGUGUCCAGGAAAGCCUGGAGAGCUUGUUGCAGUCCAUCAGGGAAGUCGAGCAAAACCUGGAAGAGGAGCAGGUGACAUCACUGUCAUCGGGAGUCAUCCAGGAAGCCCUGGCCACUAACAUGAAAUUGAAGCAAGACAUUGCUCGGCAAAAGAGUAGCUUGGAGGCCACCCGUGAGAUGGUGACCCGGUUCAUGGAGACGGCAGACAGCACCACGGCUGCGGUGCUGCAGGGCAAACUGGCGGAGGUGAGCCAGCGCUUCGAACAACUCUGUCUACAGCAGCAAGAAAAGGAGAGCUCCCUAAAGAAGCUUCUGCCCCAGGCAGAGAUGUUUGAACAUCUCUCUGAUAAGCUGCAGCAGUUCAUGGAAAACAAAAGCCGGAUGCUAGCCUCUGGAAAUCAGCCAGAUCAAGAUAUUGCACAUUUCUUCCAGCAGAUCCAGGAACUGAAUUUGGAAAUGGAAGAUCAACAGGAGAACCUUGAGACUCUCGAGCACCUGGUCACUGAACUGAGCUCCUGUGGCUUUGCCCUGGACCUCUCCCAACACCAGGACAGGGUACAGAACCUCAAAAAGGACUUUACAGAGUUACAGAAGACAGUUAAAGAAAGAGAGGAAGAUGCAUCAUCUUGUCAGGAGCAAUUGGAUGAAUUUCGGAAGCUGGUUAGGACCUUCCAGAAAUGGCUGAAGGAAACAGAAGGGAAUAUUCCACCUACAGAAACUUUCAUGAGUACUAAAGAGCUGGAAAAGCAGAUCGAACACCUGAAGGAUCUUCUAGAUGACUGGGCAAGUAAGGGAAGUUUGGUGGAGGAAAUCAAUUGCAAAGGCACUUCUUUAGAAAAUCUCAUCAUGGAGAUCACAGCACCCGAUUCCCAGGCCAAGACAGGUUCCAUACUGCCCUCUGUAGGAAGCUCUGUAGGCAGUGUAAACGGAUACCACACCUGCAAAGAUCUGACGGAGAUCCAGUGUGACAUGUCAGAUGUAAACUUAAAAUAUGAGAAACUGGGUGGAGUGCUUCGGGAACACCAAGAAAGCCUUCAAGCUGUCCUCAGCAGAAUGCAGGAAGUUCAGAAGGAGGCAGGCUCAGUGCUGCAGUGGCUGGAAUCAAAAGAGGAAGUCCUGAAAGCCAUGGAUGCCUCUUCAUCUCCAACCAAGCCGGAAACAGUGAGAGCCCAAGCUGAAUCUAACAAGGCCUUCCUAGCUGAAUUGGAACAGAAUUCUCCAAAAAUCCAAAAAGUAAAGGAAGCCCUGGCUGGGUUGCUGAUGACAUAUCCUAACUCACAAGAAGCAGAAAACUGGAAGGAAAUGCAAGAGGAACUCAAUUCCCGAUGGGAAAGGGCCACUGAAGUGACCGUGGCCCGGCAAAGGCAGCUGGAGGAAUCUGCAAAUCAGCUGGCCAGCUUCCAGGCUGCAGAAUCCCAGCUCCGGCCCUGGCUGAUGGAGAAGGAACUGAUGAUGGGGGUGCUGGGCCCCCUGUCUAUUGACCCCAACAUGCUGACUGCACAAAAGCAGCAGGUCCAGUUUAUGCUGAAGGAAUUUGAAACACGCAGGCAACAGCAUGAGCAGCUGAACGAGGCGGCUCAGGGCAUUCUAACAGGCCCUGGAGAUGUCUCUCCAUCCACCAGCCAAGUACAGAAAGAACUCCAGAGCAUCAAUCAAAAGUGGAUUGAACUGACUGACAAACUCAAUUCCCGUUCCAGCCAAAUUGACCAAGCUAUUAUCAAAAGCACCCAGUACCAAGAACUACUCCAGAACUUAUCAGAGAAGGUAAAGGCAGUUGGACAGCGACUAAGUAGCCAGUCGGCCAUCAGCACCCAGCCUGAGGCCGUGAAGCAGCAACUGGAGGAGACCAGUGAGAUUCGAUCUGAUGUGGAGCAGUUAGACCAUGAGAUUAAGGAGGCACAGACACUUUGUGAUGAGCUCUCAGUACUCAUUGGGGAGCAGUACCUCAAGGAUGAGCUGAAGAAGCGUUUGGAGACAGUUGCCCUGCCUCUCCAAGGUUUAGAAGACCUUGCAGCUGACCGCAUGAACAGACUCCAGGCAGCUCUUGCCAGCACCCAGCAGUUCCAGCAAAUGUUUGAUGAGCUGAGAACCUGGUUGGAUGACAAACAAAGCCAGCAAGCAAAAAAUUGCCCAAUUUCUGCAAAAUUGGAGCGGCUACAGUCUCAGCUACAGGAGAAUGAAGAGUUUCAGAAGAGCCUUAACCAACACAGUGGCUCCUAUGAGGUGAUUGUGGCCGAGGGAGAAUCUCUGCUUCUUUCUGUACCUCCUGGAGAAGAGAAAAAGACUUUACAAAACCAGUUGGUUGAGCUCAAAAGCCACUGGGAAGAGCUUAGUAAAAAAACUGCAGACAGACAAUCCAGGCUCAAGGACUGCAUGCAGAAAGCUCAGAAAUAUCAGUGGCAUGUGGAGGACCUUGUGCCGUGGAUAGAAGAUUGUAAGGCCAAGAUGUCUGACUUGCAGGUCACUCUGGACCCAGUGCAGCUAGAGUCCAAUCUUCUGAGAUCAAAGGCUAUGCUGAGUGAGGUGGAAAAGCGCCGCUCCCUGCUAGAAAUACUGAACAGUGCUGCUGACAUUCUGAUCAAUUCUUCAGAAACAGAUGAAGAUGACAUCCGGGAUGAGAAGGCUGGGAUCAACCAGAACAUGGAUUCCAUUACAGAGGAACUACAGGCCAAAACAGGGUCUCUUGAAGAAAUGACUCAGAGGCUCAAGGAGUUCCAGGAAAGCUUUAAGAAUAUUGAAAAGAAGGUUGAAGGGGCCAAACACCAACUUGAGAUCUUUGAUGCUCUAGGCUCUCAAGCCUGUAGCAACAAGAACCUGGAGAAGCUAAGAGCUCAACAGGAAGUGCUGCAGACCCUGGAGCCCCAGGUAGACUAUCUGAGGAACUUCACCCAGGGCUUGGUAGAAGAUGCCCCAGAUGGAUCUGAUGCUUCCCAACUUCUUCAUCAAGCCGAGGUCACCCAGCAAGAGUUCUUGGAAGUAAAGCAAAGAGUGAACAGCGGUUGCAUGACAAUGGAAAACAAGCUGGAGGGGAUUGGUCAGUUUCACUGCCGAGUCCGAGAGAUGUUUUCUCAGCUGGCAGACCUGGAUGAUGAGCUAGAUGGCAUGGGUGCCAUUGGCAGAGACACUGAUAGCCUCCAGUCCCAGAUUGAGGAUGUACGGCUAUUCCUCAACAAAAUCCAAGCCCUCAGGUUAGACAUAGAGGCCUCUGAAACAGAGUGUCGACAAAUGCUGGAGGAAGAGGGGACUCUGGACUUGUUAGGUCUCAAGAGGGAGCUCGAAGCCCUGAACAAGCAAUGUGGCAAACUGACAGAGAGGAGCAGAGCUCGCCAGGAGCAGCUGGAGCUGACGCUGGGCCGCGUGGAGGACUUUUACAGGAAGCUGAAAGCCCUCAAUGACAUGACCACGGCAGCAGAGGAGGGGGAGGCCCUCCAGUGGGUCGUGGGGACUGAAGUGGACCUCAUCAACCAGCAGUUAGCAGAUUUUAAGAUGUUUCAGAAAGAGCAGGUGGAUCCUCUUCAGAUGAAGCUACAGCAGGUGAAUGGACUCGGCCAGGGGUUGAUUCAGAGUGCCGGAAAAAACUGUGAUGUGCAGGGUUUGGAACAUGACAUGGAAGAGAUCAACGCUCGAUGGAACACACUGAACAAAAAGGUUGCACAAAGAAUUGCACAACUGCAGGAGGCUUUGUUGCAUUGUGGGAAGUUUCAAGAUGCCUUGGAGCCGUUGCUCAGCUGGUUGGCAGACACUGAGGAGCUCAUAGCCAAUCAGAAACCUCCAUCUGCCGAGUAUAAAGUGGUGAAAGCACAGAUCCAAGAACAGAAGUUGCUCCAGCGGCUCCUUGAUGAUCGAAAGGCCACAGUAGAUAUGCUUCAAGCAGAAGGAGGCAGAAUAGCCCAGUCCGCUGAGCUGGCUGAUAGAGAGAAAAUCACUGCACAGUUGGAGGGUCUUGAAAGUAGAUGGACUGGACUACUCAACAAGGCAGCAGCCAGGCAAAAACAGCUGGAAGAUAUCCUGGUUCUGGCCAAACAAUUCCAUGAGACAGCUGAGCCUAUUUCUGACUUCUUGUCCGUCACGGAGAAAAAGCUUGCUAACUCAGAGCCUGUUGGCACUCAGUCUGCCAAAAUCCAGCAGCAGAUCAUCCGGCACAAGGCUCUGGAGGAAGAAAUAGAAAGCCAUGCAACAGAUGUGCACCAGGCAGUCAAAAUUGGGCAGUCUCUCUCCUCCCUGACAUGCUCUGCAGAACAGGGUGUGCUGUCAGAGAAGCUAGACUCCUUGCAGGCCCGAUACAGUGAGAUUCAAGACUGGGGCUGUCGGAAAGCAGCCCUGCUUGAACAGGCACUGUGUAACGCUAGACUGUUCGGGGAGGAUGAGGUGGAGGUGCUCAACUGGCUGGCUGAGGUUGAGGACAAGCUCAGUUCAGUGUUCGUAAAGGAUUACAGACAGGAUGUCCUGCAGAAACAGCAUGCUGACCACCUGGCUCUAAAUGAAGAAAUCAUUAAUAGAAAGAAGAAUGUAGAUCAAGCUAUUAAAAAUGGUCAGGCUCUUCUAAAACAAACCACAGGUGAAGAGGUAUUGCUUAUCCAGGAGAAAUUGGACGGAAUAAAGACUCGCUAUGCAGACAUCACGGUCACCAGCUCCAAGGCCCUCCGAACUUUAGAGCAAGCCCGGCAGCUGGCCACCAAGUUCCAGUCUACUUAUGAGGAACUGACUGGGUGGCUCAGGGAAGUGGAGGAGGAGCUGGCAGCCAGUGGAGGACAGUCUCCCACAGGGGAGCAGAUACCCCAGUUUCAGCAAAGACAGAAGGAAUUAAAGAAGGAGGUCAUGGAGCACAGGCUGGUGUUGGACACAGUGAAUGAAGUGAGCCGUGCUCUCUUAGAGCUGGUGCCCUGGAGAGCCAGAGAAGGGCUGGAUAAACUUGUGUCUGAUGCCAAUGAACAGUACAAGCUGGUCAGUGACACUGUGGGACAAAGGGUGGAUGAAAUUGAUGCUGCUAUUCAGAGAUCACAGCAGUAUGAGCAAGCUGCUGAUGCAGAACUAGCUUGGGUUGCUGAAACAAAACGAAAACUGAUGGCCCUGGGUCCAAUUCGCCUAGAACAGGACCAGACCACAGCUCAGCUGCAGGUACAGAAGGCUUUCUCUAUUGACAUCAUUCGACACAAAGAUUCAAUGGAUGAACUCUUCAGUCAUCGUGGUGAAAUCUUUGGCACAUGUGGGGAGGAACAAAAAGCUAUAUUACAGGAAAAGACAGAGUCUCUAAUACAGCAAUAUGAAGCCAUUAGUCUGCUCAAUUCAGAGCGUUACACCCGCCUAGAACGGGCACAGGUCUUGGUGAACCAGUUUUGGGAAACUUACGAGGAGCUCAGCCCCUGGAUUGAGGAGACCCGGGCACUGAUAGCACAGUUACCUCCUCCAGCCAUUGAUCAUGAGCAGCUCAGGCAGCAGCAAGAGGAAAUGAGGCAACUCAGGGAAUCCAUUGCUGAACACAAACCCCAUAUUGAUAAGCUGCUAAAGAUAGGCCCACAACUAAAGGAGUUAAACCCUGAAGAGGGAGAAAUGGUGGAGGAAAAAUACCAGAAAGCAGAAAACCUAUAUGCCCAAAUAAAAGAGGAGGUGCGCCAGCGGGCACUGGCUCUGGACGAGGCUGUUUCCCAGUCGGCUCAGUUCCAUGAUAAAAUCGAGCCUAUGUUGGAGACUCUGGAGAAUCUCUCCUCUCGCCUGCGUAUGCCACCGCUGAUCCCUGCCGAAGUGGACAAGAUCAGAGAGUGUGUCAGUGACAACAAGAGCGCCACCGUGGAGCUGGAAAAGCUUCAGCCUUCCUUUGAGGCCCUGAAGCGCCGUGGAGAAGAGCUCAUUGCACGAUCUCAGGGAGCCGACAAGGACUUGGCUGCAAAAGAAAUCCAGGACAAAUUGGAUCAGAUGGUAUUCUUCUGGGAGGACAUCAAAGCUCGAGCUGAAGAACGAGAAAUUAAGUUCCUUGAUGUCCUUGAACUAGCAGAGAAGUUCUGGUAUGACAUGGCAGCUCUCUUGACCACUAUCAGAGACACCCAGGACAUUGUCCAUGACUUGGAAAGCCCAGGCAUUGACCCAUCUAUAAUCAAACAACAGGUUGAAGCUGCUGAGACUAUUAAGGAAGAGACAGAUGGUCUGCAUGAGGAGUUGGAAUUUAUUCGAAUCCUUGGAGCAGAUUUGAUUUUUGCCUGUGGAGAAACUGAGAAGCCCGAAGUAAAGAAGAGCAUUGAUGAGCUGAAUAAUGCAUGGGAGAACUUAAACAAAACCUGGAAGGAGAGGCUAGAAAAGCUUGAGGAUGCCAUGCAAGCUGCUGUGCAGUAUCAGGACACUCUUCAGGCUAUGUUUGACUGGCUAGAUAACACUGUGAUUAAGCUCUGCACCAUGCCCCCUGUUGGCACGGACCUCAACACCGUUAAAGAUCAGUUAAAUGAAAUGAAGGAGUUCAAAGUGGAAGUUUACCAGCAGCAAAUUGAGAUGGAGAAGCUCAAUCACCAGGGUGAGCUGAUGUUAAAGAAAGCUACUGAUGAGACGGAUAGAGACAUUAUCCGAGAACCGCUGACAGAACUCAAACACCUCUGGGAGAACCUGGGUGAAAAAAUUGCCCACAGACAGCACAAACUAGAAGGUGCUCUCCUGGCCCUUGGCCAGUUCCAGCAUGCCUUAGAGGAACUGAUGAGUUGGCUGACUCACACUGAGGAGUUGUUGGAUGCUCAGAGACCAGUAAGCGGAGACCCAAAAGUCAUUGAAGUUGAGCUCGCAAAACACCAUGUUCUGAAAAAUGAUGUUCUGGCCCAUCAAGCCACAGUAGAAACAGUCAACAAAGCUGGCAAUGAGCUUCUUGAAUCUAGUGCUGGAGAUGACGCCAGCAGCCUAAGGAGCCGUUUGGAAACUAUGAACCAAUGCUGGGAGUCAGUGUUACAAAAAACAGAGGAGAGAGAACAGCAGCUUCAGUUGACAUUGCAGCAGGCCCAGGGUUUCCACAGUGAAAUUGAAGAUUUUCUCUUGGAACUGACUAGAAUGGAGACCCAACUCUCUGCAUCUAAGCCCACAGGAGGACUUCCUGAAACUGCAAGGGAACAGCUUGAUACACAUAUGGAACUCUAUUCCCAGCUCAAAGCCAAGGAAGAGACUUAUAAUCAACUGCUUGACAAGGGCAGGCUCAUGCUUCUAAGCCGCGAUGAUUCUGGGUCUGGCUCAAAGACAGAACAGAGUGUAGCUCUCUUGGAACAGAAGUGGCAUGUGGUCAGCAGUAAGAUGGAAGAAAGAAAGUCAAAGCUGGAAGAGGCCCUCAACCUGGCAACAGAAUUCCAGAAUUCCCUGCAAGAGUUCAUCAAUUGGCUCACUCUAGCAGAGCAAAAUCUCAACAUCACCUCUCCUCCCAGCCUGAUUCUAAACACUGUCCUCUCCCAGAUAGAGGAGCACAAGGUGUUUGCUAAUGAGGUCAAUGCUCAUCGAGACCAGAUAAUUGAACUGGAUCAAACCGGGAAUCAGUUAAAGUUCCUUAGCCAAAAACAGGAUGUUGUUCUGAUCAAGAAUUUGCUGGUCAGCGUCCAGUCUCGAUGGGAGAAGGUUGUCCAGCGGUCUAUUGAAAGAGGGCGAUCACUGGAUGAUGCCAGGAAGAGGGCAAAACAAUUCCAUGAAGCUUGGAAAAAACUGAUUGAUUGGCUAGAAGAUGCAGAGAGUCACCUGGACUCAGAGCUGGAGAUAUCCAAUGACCCGGACAAAAUUAAACUCCAGCUUUCGAAGCAUAAGGAAUUUCAGAAAACCCUUGGCGGCAAACAGCCUGUGUAUGAUACCACAAUUCGAACUGGCAGAGCCCUGAAAGAAAAGACUUUGCUUCCUGAUGACACUCAGAAACUUGACAAUUUACUGGGAGAAGUCAGAGACAAAUGGGAUACUGUUUGUGGCAAGUCUGUGGAGAGGCAGCACAAGUUGGAGGAGGCCCUGCUGUUUUCGGGUCAGUUCAUGGAUGCUCUGCAGGCCUUGGUCGACUGGCUGUACAAGGUGGAGCCGCAGCUGGCCGAGGACCAGCCCGUGCACGGGGACCUCGACCUGGUCAUGAACCUCAUGGACGCCCAUAAGGUUUUCCAGAAGGAACUGGGAAAGCGAACAGGAACCGUUCAGGUACUGAAGCGGUCAGGCCGAGAGUUGAUUGAGAAUAGCCGUGAUGACACCACAUGGGUGAAAGGGCAGCUCCAGGAAUUGAGCACUCGCUGGGACACUGUGUGUAAGCUCUCCGUCUCCAAACAAAGCCGACUGGAGCAGGCCUUAAAACAGGCGGAAGAGUUUCGGGACACAGUCCACAUGCUGUUGGAGUGGCUUUCUGAAGCAGAGCAAACGCUUCGUUUUCGGGGAGCACUUCCUGAUGACACGGAGGCCCUGCAGUCUCUCAUUGACACCCAUAAGGAGUUCAUGAAGAAAGUGGAAGAAAAGCGAGUGGAUGUUAACGCAGCAGUAGCAAUGGGAGAAGCCAUCCUGGCUGUGUGCCAUCCUGAUUGCAUCACUACCAUCAAGCACUGGAUCACUAUCAUCCGAGCUCGCUUUGAGGAGGUCCUGACGUGGGCUAAGCAGCACCAGCAGCGUCUUGAAACAGCCCUGUCAGAACUGGUGGCUAAUGCCGAGCUCUUGGAAGAACUUCUGGCGUGGAUCCAGUGGGCCGAGACCACCCUCAUUCAGCGGGACCAGGAGCCGAUCCCUCAGAACAUCGACCGAGUUAAAGCCCUCAUUGCUGAACAUCAGAUGUUUAUGGAGGAAAUGACUCGCAAACAGCCUGAUGUGGACCGGGUCACCAAGACGUACAAAAGGAAGAAUAUAGAGCCUGCUCACACGCCUUUCAUCGAGAAAUCCCGCAGCGGCAGCAGGAAGUCCUUGAGUCAGUCCACCCCUCCUCCCAUGCCAAUCCUUUCACAGUCUGAAGCGAAAAACCCACGAAUCAACCAGCUGUCUGCCCGCUGGCAGCAGGUGUGGCUGCUAGCACUGGAGCGGCAGCGGAAGCUGAACGAUGCCUUGGAUAGACUGGAAGAGUUGAAGGAAUUUGCCAACUUUGACUUCGAUGUCUGGAGGAAAAAGUAUAUGCGUUGGAUGAAUCACAAAAAAUCUCGGGUGAUGGAUUUCUUCCGGCGAAUUGACAAGGACCAGGACGGGAAGAUAACACGUCAGGAGUUUAUUGAUGGCAUUCUAGCAUCCAAGUUUCCUACCACCAAGUUAGAGAUGACUGCUGUCGCUGACAUUUUUGACCGAGAUGGAGAUGGCUACAUCGAUUACUAUGAAUUCGUGGCUGCUCUGCAUCCCAACAAGGAUGCUUACCGCCCAACAACCGACGCAGAUAAAAUUGAAGACGAGGUCACAAGACAAGUGGCUCAGUGCAAAUGUGCAAAAAGGUUUCAGGUGGAGCAGAUUGGAGAGAAUAAAUAUCGGUUCUUCCUCGGCAAUCAGUUCGGAGACUCUCAGCAGCUGCGGCUGGUCCGCAUCCUGCGCAGCACAGUGAUGGUCCGAGUUGGUGGAGGAUGGAUGGCCCUGGAUGAAUUUUUAGUGAAAAAUGAUCCCUGCCGAGUUCACCAUCCUGGGAGUAAAAUAAAGCGCUCUGAUUCCAGCUCUUCGAUUUCCAGUCAGUCUCCCAUAGCACGAGGUAGAACUAACAUCGAGCUUAGAGAGAAAUUCAUCCUGCCUGAGGGGGCAUCCCAGGGAAUGACCCCUUUCCGAUCACGGGGUCGAAGGUCCAAACCAUCUUCGCGGGCUGCCUCCCCCACCCGCUCCAGCUCCAGUGCUAGUCAGAGUAACCACAGCUGUACAUCCAUGCCGUCUUCUCCAGCCACCCCAGCCAGUGGUACCAAGACUCCACUUCAGUUCCCUCGCUGUUAUGACAAACCCUGGUUGGUAAACAGUAAAGCUGGCACCCCUGUCAGGGACAGCCAUUAUCCUGACCUCCAGCUGCCCAGCCCCGAGGUUAUUCCAUCAACAGGGAGCAAGCUGAAACGACCAACCCCAGCCCUUCACUCUAGCCGCACAUCCCUCGCUGGUGAUACCAGCAAUAGUUCUUCCCCAGCCUCCACAGGUGCCAGAACGAAUCGAGCAGACCCUAAAAAAUCAGCCAGUCGCCCUGGGAGUCGGGCCGGGAGUCGGGCCGGGAGUCGGGCCAGUAGCCGGCGAGGAAGCGAUGCCUCUGACUUUGACCUUUUAGAGACACAGUCUGCUUGUUCAGAUACUUCGGAGAGCAGUGCUGCAGGAGGCCAGGGCAGCUCCAGAAGAGGGCUAAACAAGCCUUCCAAAAUCCCGACCAUGUCUAAGAAGACCACCACUGCCUCCCCCAGGACUCCGGGUCCCAAGCGAUAACACUGUACAAGCACCCCCAAGCCUCUAUCCACUUUGAAGCCUGCUCCGUACAUUGGGUGUAUAUUUAUUCUGAACAGGAGAAGUUAUAUUGUUAAAAGUGUAAAAGAAUAAUUGUGUUAUGAAGCUGCCUUAUUUUUUUUCUUUUUGUAAGUUACUAUUUUCAUGUGAAUAUUUAUGUAGAUAAAAUUCGCCUCCUGGUAACCCUGUAAUGGAUGGGGCCCAGAAAUGAAAUAUUUGAGAAAAACAAGUGAAAAGGUCAAGAUGAGAAUGUGUAUUAAAAAAAAAAAAAAAUGCCUCUAAAUAGGGUUUCUGCGCGGUGCAGGGUUGUAAACCUGCUUUAUCUUUUAGGAUUAUUCCUAAAUGCAUCUUCUUUAUAAACUUGACUUGCUGUCUCAGCAAGAUAAAUUAUAUUAAAAAAAUAAUAAGAAUCCUGCAGUGUUUAAGGAACUCUUUUUUUGUAAAUCACAGACACCUCAAUUAGCAAGAACUGAGGGGAGGGCACUUCUAAUUGCUUUUUCCAAUGUUUUUAAUGCUGUGUGAUUUUAGCUGAGGAGAGGGAAUCUCCUCUAGGUAAUGUUUGCACAUGAUCAGCAGAAGGAGUUCAUCGCAAUACUCUGAAUCCUGUUUCAGUACUGGGUGUUUAAAGGACAAUAGCUGCUAGAAUUCAGGGGUAAAUGUGACUGUUCCGAAGAUGUCAGAACAUUGGGGUUUUUAAGAGUCCUGGUUUGUAACUUUCUAUUCAACCCAGCCACCAAUAACUCCUGUGCUCACCAGGACCCAGGCCCUUGGCAAGGGGACACUCCUUGGUGGCACUGUGAAUUACAGAUUUGUUUAUCUGCAUUUUUCCUAUUUAUUUAAAUGGUCGAUCAACUUCCCACAAACUGAGGAAUGAAUUCCACGAGCUUAUUCUGAAAAUGUGGACAUAAGACAAACAUUUGCUCGUCCUUUAAAGGAGUUCACCAGCACACUUGUUAUCAAGUCCCGUUUGCUUCCGUCUUUUUUUGUGCGUAAUAAAGUCAACUGACCAAGUGACCAUGAAGAGGGGCUGUCUGGGGCUCCCGUUUUUUAGCUGCUGUUCCUCUUCAGCUCCGACCAUGUUGCUGUGUAAUUAUCUCAAUUGGUUUUAAUUGAGGCAGAAACUGAAGCUCUACCAAUGAACUGUUUAAAAACAAGACACUUUUGUAUUAAAAUUGCUUGCAGUAACAAA